UUUGUGUGUCUGCUGCUGUUCAGGAUGGCGACUCCUCUCACAGACCAGGAGAAGCGCAAGCAGAUCAGCAUCAGGGGGAUCGUCGGUGUGGAGAAUGUGGCCGAGCUAAAGAAAGGCUUCAACCGGCACCUGCACUUCACGCUCGUCAAGGACCGGAACGUCGCGACGCCGCGGGAUUAUUAUUUCGCGCUGUCGCACACGGUGCGCGAUCACCUGGUGGGCCGCUGGAUCCGCACACAGCAGUUCUGCUAUGAAGCUGACCCGAAGCGUGUUUAUUACCUCUCACUGGAGUUCUACAUGGGUCGAACGCUCCAGAACACCAUGAUCAAUCUGGGUCUGCAGAACGCCUGUGAUGAGGCCAUCUAUCAGCUGGGCUUGGACAUGGAGGAUCUGGAGGAGAUGGAAGAGGAUGCUGGAUUAGGAAAUGGAGGCCUGGGCAGAUUAGCAGCAUGUUUUCUGGACUCAAUGGCGACUCUGGGUCUGGCUGCGUAUGGAUAUGGGAUACGAUAUGAAUAUGGAAUAUUCAACCAGAAGAUUAAAGAUGGCUGGCAGGUCGAAGAGGCGGAUGACUGGUUGAGGUAUGGUAACCCAUGGGAAAAGGCCCGUCCUGAGUUCAUGCUGCCGGUGCAUUUCUAUGGUUGUGUGGAAGAAGAGGAGGGCAAGGAGCCAAAAUGGGUCAACACACAGGUGGUUCUGGCCAUGCCAUAUGACACGCCAAUCCCAGGCUACAUGAACAAUACAGUGAACACCAUGCGCCUGUGGUCUGCACGCGCACCCAAUGACUUCAACCUCAAAGACUUUAACGUGGGUGAUUACAUUCAGGCAGUUUUGGACCGUAACUUGGCAGAAAACAUUUCGCGUGUGCUUUAUCCAAAUGACAAUUUUUUUGAGGGAAAGGAGCUGCGUUUGAAGCAGGAAUAUUUUGUGGUGGCAGCGACUUUACAAGAUGUGAUUCGACGCUUCAAGACCUCGAAGAGAAACUCCUCUGGACCGUUGUCAUUUGACAGCUUCCCUGAUAAGGUUGCCAUCCAGCUGAAUGACACUCAUCCUGCUAUGGCCAUCCCUGAGUUGAUGCGGAUAUUUGUGGACAUUGAGAAGCUUGACUGGGACACAGCCUGGGAUAUCACAAAGCGAACGUUUGCCUACACAAACCACACAGUUCUGCCAGAGGCUCUGGAACGCUGGCCAGUUGACCUGAUGGAGAAACUUUUACCGCGACACCUGCAGAUCAUAUACAAGAUCAACCUAAUACACCUGAAUCAUAUAGCAUCUCUGUUUCCAGAGGAUAUGGACCGAAUCCGCAGGAUGUCUCUGAUCGAGGAGGGAGGAGGGAAGCGGGUGAACAUGGCCCAUCUCUGCAUUGUGGGCUCACACAAAGUCAAUGGAGUAGCAAAGAUUCACUCUGACAUCAUCAAGAGAGACGUGUUCCAGGAUUUCAGUGAGCUGGAACCGGAGAAAUUUCAGAAUAAAACUAAUGGCAUCACACCACGACGCUGGCUGCUUCUCUGUAACCCAGGACUUGCUGAUCUGAUCGCAGAGGCCAUCGGUGAGGAAUAUGUGAAAGAUCUGACUCAGCUGCAGAAGCUGAAUGAUCUGGUUGAUGACGAAGCCUUCAUCCGAGAUGUAGCCAAAGUCAAACAGGACAACAAGUUGAAGUUUGCGCAUUAUUUAGAGAAAAUCUACAAGGUGGACAUAAAUCCUGCCUCCAUGUUUGAUGUCCAUGUGAAAAGAAUCCACGAAUACAAACGGCAGCUGCUCAACUGCCUCCACGUCAUCACCAUGUACAACCGAAUCAAGAGCCACCCUACUAAACCAUUUAUACCUCGGACUGUGAUCAUUGGAGGCAAGGCUGCUCCUGGAUACCACAUGGCAAAGAUGAUCAUUAAGCUGAUCACUUCAGUCGCUGAUGUGGUCAAUAAUGAUCCUGUAAUUGGACGUAAACUGAAGGUCAUUUUUCUGGAGAACUACAGAGUGUCACUGGCAGAGAAAGUGAUUCCAGCUACAGACCUGUCAGAGCAAAUCUCCACUGCGGGUACAGAGGCGUCUGGAACCGGAAACAUGAAAUUCAUGCUGAAUGGAGCGCUCACUAUUGGCACAAUGGAUGGUGCCAAUGUGGAAAUGGCAGAAGAAGCCGGAGAGGAAAACCUCUUCAUCUUUGGCAUGAGGGUGGAUGAUGUGGCAGAGCUGGAUAAAGAAGGCUAUAAUGCACUACAGUAUUAUGAGAAUCUUCCGGAGCUGAAACGAGCCAUUAAUCAGAUUAAAAGUGGCUAUUUUUCACCGAAACAGCCUGAGAUGUUCAGCGACAUCAUCAACAUGCUGUUUCAUCAUGAUCGGUUUAAAGUUUUUGCUGAUUAUGAGUCUUAUGUGAAGUGUCAAGACCGAGUCAGCGCUUUGUAUAAGGAUCAGAGAGAGUGGACUCGGGUGGUGAUCAAGAACAUCGCUGCAUCUGGAAAGUUCUCCAGCGACCGCACUAUUACAGAGUACGCCACUGAGAUCUGGGGUGUGGAGCCCACCGACCUGAAGAUUCCCCCACCAGGCGAACCUCGUGAAGCACUGGAGGAAACCGCCCGAUCCCUGCGCAAGACCUGAACACAAGAUCAUCAGAACACCUCUUAGAUUAGUCAUUAUAACCCAAAAUGAAUUAAAUCUCAGUAUCAAUAUGUUUCAAAUGUUCAUGCAGUACUCUCUAAAUAAAUGGGUUCACCUGCAAAGAGCUCAAAUAAAUAUGUAUUGUCUUCAAA